AUGGCCGAGACUGGGAAGCGAACGAUGCCUGGUGGCGGCGACCCUUCCAGUCAGUCCCAUAAGAGGAGAAAGGGCGGGAACUGGCAAAAGCCACAAAGCGCACGAUCAAACAUCGAGAGCGGUGAUUGGGGAGUAUUUGUGACUUCCGAAAUAGGCAAAGAAAAGAAAUGCGGUGCUGAGGCCGUGGACCUUUUCACUCAGAGUGUGGAAGCACUGAACGAGGACGCCAAUGACGAGGAGCCUGACUCCGAUGAGGAUGAUAUCGAGGCGCAAAUUCGCAAAGAAGUCGAAGGGCUGAAGCCAGCCAAUGCAAAACCAUCCUCCUUAUUCCAAGCUGUCAAAACCGAUCUCCCCUGCGUAACAUUCGUGAAAUUCGAUAAAUCAAUUGAUCCUGAGAAGCUCGUGCACCAGAUCUGCGUUGACGCUCAUGUCAACCCAAAUAAAAAGCGCAGCCGUUUUAUCCAACGAAUGACACCAGUGCGGUCCAUUCGAAAAACCCUUAGUGUUGAUUUGGAAGCCUUUGCGCGGGAGAUUCUCAAACCGCAUUUCCAUUCCGGAGGCCCUCCGAAAAAGUACGCCAUUCGGCCGUCGGUAAGAGCCAAUUCAAAAUUCAACAGGGAUAUCGUCAUCAAGACGGUUGCAGAUGUUGUUGGGCCCGAGCACCCUGUGAAUCUGAAGAAUUAUGAUCUGAUCAUUCUCGUUGAUGUGGUUCAGAAUGUAAUUGGCAUGAGCGUUGCUGGGAGUGACUACGACAAGUUAAAAAGGUUCAAUUUGGCGGAGCUUUAUAGCCCAAGUUCCGAGCCACCGCCAUCCUAA